AUGCCCCUGCUGCCAGGCACGGUGGGCCUGGCAGGCCUGCUCUUCUGGGCAGGCCAAACAGUGAACGCCUUGAUGCCAAAUGUCACCCUGGCACUGGCCCGGACACAGGGCACAGCUGAGCAGCCCCUGAGUGCUCUGGGGGCGCCCCGGUACUGGCAGAAGCGCCACAUCUCUGUUCGGGACAUGAAUGCCUUAUUGGAUUAUCACAACCACAUCCGGGCCAGUGUACACCCACCUGCCGCCAACAUGGAAUAUAUGGUCUGGGAUGAGCGGCUGGCCAGGACGGCUGAGGCCUGGGCCACCCAGUGCAUCUGGGCCCAUGGGCCCUCACAGCUGAUGAGAUAUGUGGGCCAGAACCUCUCCAUCCAUUCUGGCGGGUAUGGCUCAGUGGUGGAUCUCAUGCAGUCUUGGUCUGAGGAGAAGCAGCACUACUUGUUUCCAGAUCCGAGGGACUGUAACCCGCACUGCCCCUGGCGCUGCAGCGGCCCUGUGUGCUCCCACUAUACCCAGAUGGUGUGGGCAUCCUCCAGUCGGCUGGGCUGUGCCAUCCACACCUGCGGCAGCAUCAAUGUCUGGGGCGAUACUUGGCACCAGGCAGUAUACCUGGUCUGCAACUAUGCCAUUAAGGGCAACUGGAUUGGCGAGGCUCCUUACAAGAUGGGGAGGCCAUGUUCCGCCUGCCCCCCCAGCUACCAAGGCAGCUGCAAUAGCAACAUGUGCUUCUCUGGGCUCAGAUCCAACAGGCUUCUGCGGUUCUGAAUUUUCCCUGGGCUCGGGUGGGCUACCAGCCGGGCCUGCCCUCCUCCGGGCCCCUCCCCAAAGACCAGGCCAGGGAGUAAUUGUCUUUUUUUUAACCGACAGGAACCGGGCUCACUCUGUCGAUCUGAAUUUUCCCUCCUGCUUCCAUUUCCUAAAUGCCCAGCAUCUGUCAGAAGAAUACAACCUCCUUCCUUUUCUUCCUUCCUCAGUUACGCUUUUCUUUUC